GGCCCCUAAAGUGAUAAUAACUAUGACCAUUGUAAUCGUAAUAACCUUUUUUCCGCAGUGUUGCCCAACAAAGUAGUACCUUUAAGUAGGGCCAUCACAACCAGAGACCAGCUCAGUUCCGAUCGCACCUUCAAGAAGAACACACGUGUUUUCCGCAGAGAUUCUUUUCGUAUCCACUUGGAACUGGUUUCAAUUGUAAAAUGCUGCUGAUAUCGCUCACUCUGAUGGCUUUUGGCCUGGCCCAAACGCUGCCCAUCGAGGAGGCCGAAGCGCCGGCGACCAGCGAGGCUCCUGAUUCGGGGAGAGUGGUAUUCGAUCAGCGACAGACUGGCAGAUUCAACAUCCACGUGAGCAUCAAGGAUGUGGCCAUCAUCGAGGUGGGCCAGAAUGGGUUGGCUGAGGAGACGUAUAACGAUGAGGAGGAUUACUACUAUGAUGACAGUGCGUUGACCGUCAAACCGAUCAAGCUAACCACAGAGGCGAGCAGCAGCACCACAACGAGCACCACGUCGGUGGCUGCCCAGCCAGAGAGCCCUGUAUCUACAGUGGCCACUACAACUGUGGCUACCACCAGCGAUCCGAAGCUAAAUACCAGCUUUAGCUCCAAUCUUUUGGCUGACAUUGCGGCCAGCGUAUCGAAGCCCAAGUCCAGGCUAAACAACCUGAUGAUCGUGGAGACGCCCAUCGGAGGGACGACUAAGCCCCAGCACCACCCACUUCAUGCCCGGUCCAAGGAUGUGCCCAUUCUGGCCGCAGCUGCUGCCGCUGCAAUCACUCCGCCCACUUUGCCCGAGAGCAUCGAAUACACCCCGCCCAAAAAUCACAACUCGCCCAUUUUCAAGGUCAAGGUUCAACGAUCUUCGAUGCCGGCCACAAAGAAACCCGCCCGCUGCCGAAGUCACCAGGUGCGAGACGCCCAGGGGAAGUGCUCCGACUCGAUCUACAGAAAGCUGUACAGCAUGCUGAUGGGAAUGAAUUUUCCUUUUUUGGCAGCAGCAAAUGCCGCGGAUAGUGGCUGAUGACUUAACAAUUACUACGUAGUUUACUCAGACAUAGAGUGUAAGUGCCUCUAAUUGGAUCUUAGCCACUGGCGUGAAAUACAUUGACUGAAAACUGAUCUAAAAACAAAAGUUGUCUGCUUUGCUUUAUUACAUUGUUGUUUUUCGAAGCAUCACAAAGGUAUUUUAAGUUGUUUUUAAUUGAAUUGAAAUCUUUGGGAUGACUUAGGCUUGAAAAUACAAUUCAUUCCUAAAUAUUUAUGACCGCUGAUCUUAAUUAUUUGUAUCCAGAAGGGUUAAUUAUUAUUACAAUUGUUGGAUUUUUAAUUUUUAUAUAUAAAAUAUGCAUUUAGCAAAACCAUUUAGAAUUUGCUUUAAAUAAAAUUCUUUUUAAGUUCGUAUUGUA